GGUCUAAUGAAGGGUUGGGCUAAAAAAAUUUAGGACCCACCUGACCAAAAUAUAGCCAAAUGGCCACAUGGCUGGGCAAACAUAGCCAGCCAGCUAGCCCUGAAAGUUGGGCCUAGUUGUGCUGCUAGCUGGCGUCAUGUAACCUCUUCAUUUUUUUUAAAGACGAAAUUUAAAAAAGAAUAUUAAAAAAUUCUAAUUUUUCCUAUAAAUACCUAAGCUAUUUCUACACUAUUUUCACAUCGUUUUCACCUUUCCAUACUAUCUUAUCUUAUUUUUAUGUAUAAGUUGUUAACAUGUAAGUAAAAUUAAAUAUUUAAUAACAUAAAACUUAAAACAACAUUUAGGACAAGUGGGCCUGAAAAGAUGUCUGGACACCAUAUUUUAUUAUGAUGGUUUAAUUCAAUUAACCGAUAAAAUUAAAGAAUAAACUUAAAUUAAUAAAUUAUUGAGGGGCUAAAAAAUAGCCCCCUUCGGUUGAAGAUUGUAUAUAGAUAUGGUCCGGUACUGUUUACUAAAAAAUAAUUUAUUGCAGGGUUAUAAUCUAGACGGAGGUUAAACGUAGCCAUUUUGGUUGGAGAUGACAUGAGCCUCAAAAAAAGGCUUAGAGGGGCUACAUUUGACUACCCUGAUAUCUUUGCUUAAAAAAUAGUCUGAUAAACUUUAUAGAAUUACAGUCUAGACAUCGGAUAGAAAUAAAAAAUUUAUAUAGAUCAGACUAUUUUUUUACUUGUACUCAAAAGCCAAUUCAAGAAAAACAUAACCGGGCCAAAAAGUUGCCGUUAGGAAGGCAAAUCCGAUCUGGUUGGUGAUGUCGUGUCACCUUUUCAAUGGGUAGAAUAAUUCAGAAUUCAGAUAUGGCAAUUGAGAGCAUAUCAACCGCCAAGAACUUAUCUCCCCCAAAACCCCACUCUUCAAUUUUACCGUUUGUUCUAAUGCAAAGGCAGACCAUUCUAUACGGCAGCAAGGCCACAGCCUCUUUCAACUUUGCCACAAAUCCAAACACAAAACAUGGUUCAACAAGUCCCUUCCAAGUUAAAUUUUGUCUCGUGAAAGCAAAUUUUCCAUCAAACAUCAUAAAAGGAUUGGAAGCUUCGGGAUACCGCCACGCAUUCGGUCACGUAGAGGUCCGAGUGGCGUCUGGAAACCUAGGAGAAUUGGCCGAGGAAGACGACGACGAUGUGUGUCCCGUUGAAUGUGUUAGAGAGUUUAGUACCGACGCGGAGUUCAGCAAAAUUCUGGAAACGGCCAAAGAAACUGGUGCUUUGGUUGUCGUAGAUUUUUAUCGGAUUUCGUGUGGGAGCUGCAAGUACAUAGAGCAAGGGUUUUCGAAGCUGUGUAAGGGAGCUGGUGAUGGAGAAGCUGCUGUUAUCUUCUUGAAGCAUAAUGUAAUUGAUGAGUACGACGAACAAUCCGAGGUUGCUGAUCGACUUAGAAUUAAGACGGUGCCGCUCUUCCACUUCUAUAAAGACGGGAUCCUCUUGGAAGCAUUUCCAACUAGAGACAAAGAGAGGAUCACUGCAGCCAUUAGUAAAUACACGAGUCCAGCAUCUCAAGAUACUCGAGCUAGUUAAUUAAUAAGGCUUUUAUCUGUAAAUAAUGUAAAAGCAUUCACUCCACAUAUACUUGUGAUAUAUUGAACGCUCCAAUCAUUUCACAAUUUUCUUGAUUUUCAAACUACAGAUGUUGGCUUCAUUUGGAAGAGAUUCAUCACAAGCAUGAAACCAAAAUUUGGGUGGUAAUUUGACAGUCUAUGUUUUCGUUUUGCAAGUCCAUUCUGCAUGGUGUGAGGACAUGAUUUUUUUUUUUUAAUGUAUUAUACCUUUUUUCUAGAAAAAUUGUUUGAA